AUGUCAGCCAGAGAUACAAAAAUCCUGAAAACUGAGCCAUUGAAAAGCGAAGAUGCAGAAUGGACCAAACUUGUGCUGACGACAUACACUGAUCCUCUCGGCAAGACACGAACAUGGGAGCAUGCAGAGCGGCGCACGCGCCCGGCAGACUCAGAGAUUGAUGGGGUGGGAAUUGUCGCCAUUGUAGAGAAAGCGAGUGGACCCGAGAUCAUCCUGCAGAAGCAAUACAGACCACCGAUUGGGAAGGUAGCGAUCGAGGUCCCGGCCGGGCUGGUCGACGCUGGGGAGACGGCGGAGCAGGCGGCGGUUCGGGAGCUGAGGGAGGAGACGGGCUACGUGGGCGUUGUGAGCGAGUCCAGUCCGGUUAUGUUCAAUGAUCCCGGAUUCUGCAAUACGAACUUGAAAAUGGUGCAUGUGACGAUCGAUAUGUCGACGGCCGAAAACAAAGACCCGAAGCCGGAAUUGGAGGAGAAUGAGUUUAUCGAGGUGUUCAUGGUGCCGCUGAAGAAUUUAUGGGCAGAGUGCCAGAAGUUGGAGAAGGAAGGCUAUGCUAUCGAUGCGCGAGUUGGCACGCUGGCUGAGGGAAUCGAGAUUGCACAACGAUUGAAGUUAUAG